AUGUCACAAGAACCAAAUAAUGCUGUUAUCGAUGAUGGAUUCUCUUACGAUCCAAAUUACGAUUAUACCCAAAAUGCAAGUCAAGAUGUAAAAGUAGAUGAUGAUUUGAAAUAUGGUAUAGAUGGUGAUAUGGAAGGAGAGGAGGAAGAAGAAGAACCUAUUAGUCAAGAAGAUUAUUGGACUGUCAUAAACGCUUUCUUUGAUGAAAAAGGUUUAGUAAGACAACAGUUGGAAUCAUUCAAUGAGUUUAUCGAGAAUACAAUGCAGGAGAUUGUAGACGAUCAUUCAAAAAUGACUAUGGAUCAGUUCACACAAUAUACGGGUGUAGCAGGCGAUGAAACUAAACGAUAUGAAAUCUCAUUUGGACAAAUCUAUCUCGCUCGUGUAAAUCAUACUGAAAUGGAUGGUAGAACAAAUAUGCUUUUCCCCCAAGAAGCACGUUUACGGAAUCUAACAUAUUCAGCUCCACUUUACGUUGAUAUCAAGAAGAGGAUACUGACAGCUUCCGGCGUGGAUGACCCAAUUGAGGCGGACUGGAGGCCUGCUGUUGGAUCUGAUGGUGUACCAGAAGGUGUGGAAGAGGAUAAGGCGUCCAUCGGAAAAGUACCUGUCAUGGUCCGAUCAAAUUUCUGUCUUUUACAUAAUCUUCCUGACGACCAAUGUCAUGAUAUCGGAGAGUGUCAUUACGACCAAGGUGGUUAUUUCAUCAUUUCAGGUUCAGAGAAGGUUCUAAUUGCGCAAGAGAGAAUGGCUACGAACCAUGUGUUCGUCUUCUUGAAAGCCGCUCCUUCUAGAUGGACGUACUUUGCGGAGAUCAACAGUCAGAAAGAGAAGGGUGGAAAAGUAGCUGCUCAUUCCGAAGUCCGGCUGUAUCAACGAGUACAAGGACAAUCCGGUGGUGUCAUUCGUGUAUCUCUACCUUACACCAAAGUCGAUAUUCCCCUUGUAAUCGUAUUCAGAGCUCUUGGUAUUGUCCCAGAUCGAGAUGUUCUCAAUCACAUUUGUUUCGGUCCUAAUGAUGAAGCGUUACUCGAAUACCUUCAACCUUCUAUCGAAGAAUCAUUCGCGGUACAAGACCGAGAGACGGCUUUGGAUUUCAUUGGUCGAAGAGGUCAACAUGAAAAAGCUCCUAGAGCUCAACGUCAACGAGCUGCCUUCGAUAUCCUCCACAAGGAAUUCUUGCCUCAUGUAUCCACCGCUGAGGGUUUCGAAUCCAAGAAAGCAUACUUCCUCGGUUAUAUGGUUCAUCGAUUGAUUUCAGCUGCUAUGGGUAGAAAAGAAUUAGAUGAUCGAGAUCACUUUGGUAACAAGCGUUUGGAUUUGGCUGGCCCCUUGAUGGCUGAGAUGUUUGGUCACAUGUUCCAGAAAUUGAGAGAAGAUAUGUAUAGAUAUUUGAAAAAGUGCGUUGAGACGAAUAAAGCUUUCGCCUUGAACACUGCAAUAAGGCCGAACAGUAUCACUGAUGGUCUAAAAUACGCUUUGGCGACCGGUAACUGGGGUAAACGAGGCAAUACAAGAGCUGGUGUUUCUCAAGUGCUCAAUCGAUAUACUUUCGCUUCUACACUUUCUCAUUUGCGACGUACAAACACUCCCAUUGGUCGUGACAGUAAGGCGGCUAAACCUCGACAACUGCACAACACUCAUUGGGGUAUGGUUUGUCCUGCUGAAACACCUGAAGGAGCUGCGUGUGGUUUGGUCAAAAACUUAGCUCUCAUGUCGUAUAUAUCGGUUGGUUCGUACUCAGCUCCAGUGAUGGAAUUCUUAGAAGAAUGGGGUUUGGAAGAAUUGAACGAAUAUCAACAUGCCCCACAAGCAACGAAAAUCUUCGUCAACGGUGUGUGGAUGGGUAUACAUCGAGAUGCUCCUACAUUACAUUCGAAUCUAUUACAAAUGCGAAGAGGUGGUCAACUCAAACACGAGGUGUCUAUCGUUCGAGAUAUUCGAGAAAGGGAAUUGCGGUUAUAUACCGAUGCUGGUAGAUGUUGUCGACCAUUAUUCAUUGUAGAUCAUCCUACUCAAAGUCUCAGACUCAGGCGAGCACAUAUCGAUCGUUUGGAAGAAGCUGGAGAAGAAGGGGCAUUGGCUGGUGCAUGGGAUCAGUUGUUAUCAGAGGGUAUUAUCGAAUACGUUGACGCAUCUGAAGAGGAGACCAUUCUCAUUGCGAUGACUUCUGAGGACCUGGAGAAUGCCAGAAGGAAGAACAAUAAAGAGGAGUUGGUCAAAGAUAGGGCAGCACAUGAUUUAGAGUCUUUCGAUCCUACAGCGAGAAUCAAGAGUACAGUGUUCAGUAAACAAUAUACGCAUAUGGAGAUCCAUCCAAGUAUGAUCUUAGGUGUCUGUGCUAGUAUUGUACCCUUCCCCGAUCAUAAUCAAUCUCCCCGUAAUACCUACCAAUCUGCGAUGGGUAAACAAGCGAUGGGAGUUUUCCUCACCAAUUAUCAACUUCGUAUGGAUACUAUGGCAAAUAUUCUGUACUAUCCUCAAAAACCUCUUGCUACCACUCGAUCGAUGGAAUACCUCAAAUUCUCAGAACUUCCUGCAGGUCAAAAUGCUAUCGUCGCCAUCAUGUGUUAUUCUGGUUACAAUCAAGAAGAUUCCGUCAUUAUGAACCAAUCGUCCAUUGAUAGAGGUUUAUUCCGUUCGUUAUAUUACCGAUCGUACACCGAUACUGAGAAAAUGAAAGGUAUGAUCAAAGCGGAGACCAUUGAGAAACCUGAUCGAAACGAGACGUUGAGGAUGAAACAUGGAUCAAGUGAUAGAUAUGCCAAAUUAGAUGUAGAUGGUUUGGUCAGUCCAGCUACCAAUAUCAAUGGAGAUGAUAUAUUGAUUGGUAAAACUGCACCUUUACCUGAAGAAAGUGAAGAACUCGGUCAAAGAACUCAACUUCACCAAAAGAGAGACAUUUCUACCCCAUUGAAGAGUACGGAACAGGGUGUUGUAGAUCAGGUCAUGCUGACAACCAAUGGAGAAGGACAUAAAUUCGUUAAGAUCAGAGUGAGAUCAACUCGAGUACCUCAAAUUGGUGACAAAUUCGCAUCUCGACACGGUCAAAAAGGUACUAUCGGUAUCACAUAUAGACAAGAAGAUAUGCCUUUCUCUGCAGAAGGCUUGGUGCCUGAUAUUAUUAUCAACCCUCAUGCUAUUCCAUCGCGAAUGACAAUUGGACAUUUGGUUGAAUGUCUACUAUCAAAAGUAUCAACUUUAACAGGUGCAGAAGGUGAUGCAACACCUUUCACUGAAUUGACUGUCGAAGCGGUAUCAAAGGUUUUGAGACAGAAAGGGUAUCAUUCAAGAGGAUUCGAAGUUUUAUAUCACGGUCAUACAGGUAAAAAACUUCAAGCUCAAGUCUACUUUGGGCCAACGUAUUAUCAAAGAUUGAAGCACAUGGUAGAUGACAAAAUUCAUGCGAGAGCUAGAGGUCCAUUACAAAUCUUGACUAGACAACCUGUCGAAGGUAGAAGUAGAGAUGGUGGUUUACGAUUCGGUGAAAUGGAGAGAGAUUGUAUGAUCUCACAUGGUAUCGCUGGUUUCCUAAAAGAAAGGAUGUAUGAUUCAUCCGACGCUUUCCGAAUACAUGUUUGUGAUAUUUGUGGUUUAAUGGCAGUCGCCAAUUUGAAAAAACAAGAAUUCUAUUGCUCAGUCUGUAGGAAUAGUACACAAAUCUCGCAAGUGUAUAUACCAUACGCUGCGAAACUGUUAUUCCAAGAACUUCAAGCUAUGAAUAUAGCUUGUCGAAUGUAUGGUGAAAGUGAUUAA